AUACUGUUACAGUAACAUAUGUAUAAGUUUUCACGGUGAUAAUUGUGUAGAGAGAAUGGCCAAAUACUUUUUACUGUUAUUGCAAUUACUAUGCCUUGCCUUGGCAUUACCUGUCGAAAAGAACACGACACAAAUACAAAACGCUAACAUAACAAAAGAUUUAUUUAGUUUAGCUAAGAGUUGCGAAAACUCAUUCUUGGCCGAAUUAAUUAAAAGUCAGUUGGAAUACUGCAAAACUACGCCAGGAGAAAAUCAUGUAAAUCUGGAUUGUUUAAUAUUUUAUGAAAUAAACAGUCAAUUAUGUACAGCAUUUGGUCGAUCAGAAAUGGAUCUAAAAUUAAAUUACACCAACAAAAUAAAUCUUACUUACAAUGUACUAACAUUAUGUGAAGAUGCAAAAGAAUGGAAAUCUAUUACACCACAGUACAAAGCUAUUUUGGACACAUUAUUCAAAACAAAAGUGGUUUGUGUUAGAGUGUGUAGUAUUCAUGAUACAUUUAGUGAAGAUUCAAACUUUUUCUGUAAAUAUUUUAAAUGGGGUACAGAUUUGCUAACGCUACAAAAAAAGUCUAUAGCAGAAGUUAGUACCAACGAACCCCCUAACCUAGAUGUUUUACCUGAAACUAAGUCUGAAGAAGCUAUAACAACAAACAAUGCUCCUAUUUCACAAAUUUUAAAUAAUGAGUCACAACAACAUAAGGAUUUGUCUGAAAAAUCUACUAAGCAGGAAAUUCCUAUACUAACUGAUGUAAUAAAGCAAGAUACAACUAAAAAGAGUCAACCAGUAGCUAAUAUAUCAACAACAAAAGUGGAAGAAAAGGAGCCAAGUGAGAUAAAUGAUAUAGCACAAUCAAACUUAAUAUCCAACAAAAAACCCACAAACAUAGAAGAAACAUUAAAAGUUGAUGUUGAUAAGGAAAUUAAAGAUAUUGAGAAAGAAAAUGAUUUUAAACCAGUGGCUGAUAAUCCAAAAGCUAAUCUUGAACAGGAUUUGGAUGAUACAAACAAUGAUUUUGGAAAUGACCUUGAUUCAGAUGACGAUCCACUAUCAGAUGCAGACAAUAUUAAUGACGGAAAUGAACUGGAGCCAAAAAUCGAAAAGCCCUUAAAGGAGAAUUCUAGUAUCAAUAAAUUACCACACACAUCAUUUAUGGAUAUCCCCCAAAGAGAAGUGUAUCCCAAUGCAAUACAAGACACUAUGUCGGAGGAGGAUGACCACUUCUUUCCAUUCUUCCUGACAAGCAUUGUUUUCGUGGUUCUCCUUUAUAUUCUAUAUCAUAACAAGAGCAGACUUACAAAACUGAUUUUGGGUCUCAUUGUAGAAGGACGUCAAACGAAUCGCAGAAGAAAUAGCCGAGGUCAUGCGUAUAGACGACUCGACACUCUUGAGCAAGCAAUGAGUGCCAAUAGUACAGCGCCACCUAGUAAAAUUAUAUACUAAACAUAAAAUAGAUAUAAAAGUACAGAACAUGAAAUUCGAGUGCUUAUAGGCAAAACAUUUUUAAAAAUGUUUUAAAAACACCUACGCUUCGUAGAAACUACGAUUGUAUUUUGAAUAUUGAUCCCUGGUUUUGCUCAUAGGAUAUUGUAACCUGUAAUUUAACUUUACAAUACGAACGAUAUUUAUUUGUGUUUAGGUUACAAAUACCCUCUUUAAGUUUACAACUGAAAUUUUUCAUACAAAAUUGAUUUUAUUUUAUUUAACUAUACAAAGGGAAUUUAGUGAGAAAAAAUAAUAAUAAAAAGUCAAAGUCAUAUGUCGAAAGAUGACACAAAUACUUCAAUGUAUGCAAUAAAUAUUAUUAAAGGAUGACAUAAGUACCAAGUACUCGAUAAACAUGUUCAAAUAUUUUUUUACAUAUUACCAUACACCUUUAAUAGCUCUUGAAGUUCUUGUACUUUCGUAAUUUCUUUGAAAAUAGGUAUUAACAAAAUUCAUCAUGUUUAAUUUAAUAACCUCAAAUAUUGUAUAUGUGGGUUGGGGACAACAUAAUAAUGUUUUUUUACAGAUGUAAUCAUUAUGAAUUAUUUUAGUAUGGCAACUUGUCGUUUUAUAUUUUUUAAACAACUAUAGCUUUUUAAAAAUGGCCAGUUGUAUGUAAUAACUAAAAUUAAAUAAAAAAAACUCGAAUCAUAAUAAUUUUGUACGAUAUUGUUAAUUAUGGCGCAAAACUUAUCCUACGCUUCUAGUCUUAUAUUCAUUUGCAUUAACUUCUCUUUUCUGAUUAAAUAGUACAAUCGUGAAUUUUCUUUCGUUGUAUUAAAAUAUUCGUAAUGAAUACGUAUUUAAGUAUUAGUUUGAAGGAACGUUUUGUCUAUACUUCUUAGUGGCGCCGUCUAACGAAAGUUCUCAAUUGUAUGUUUGAUGAUGCACUUUGCUUAUAAGGAAGUGAAAAGUACAAUAUUAUAGAUAUUUAAAACAAUUUCAAUGUUGAAUUAAGUAUGUAAAUCCCGUUUAAUACGAUUUUAUAAGGGCGCGAAAAAACGUGUUAGCGACAAUAAUGACAUUUUACCUUAAACAGCUGACGUAAUAUUACGAAAAAUUGUAUUAAGUCUCUACAAUUAUUUUUAGCGCGGCGAAAGCAAGAAACAAUAGAACAAGUCUGUCAUGACGUAAGAGCCGUAUUUUAAAAUUACUAAAUAUAUAUAAAUCAAAUUUCUAAUAACAACACAAUCCAACACGUUUUUGUAUAAUUACUGUAAUAUUUGGCAGUUCUUCGUUUUUUUUUAAAUUUAAAUAGAUCUUGUUUGACGCAUGUAAAGAAUGUUUUUUUUUUGACGGCAUAGAUAUCUUCAGGCCAUACAGCGUAUUAAGCGGGCUUUACUUUAUUAUGAAAUUAUUUAUGGAACAAAAUUCUAUUAUAUUUAGAUCUCCGUAGUUGUUAGAUAUCCAUUUUUGUAAUAUUUACACUAAUUUAUGGAUUUUUUACUCUAAUUCCUUUAGAGCUAAAUAAGUUCAGUUUCUUACGGUUGUAGCUGCUAUUCAUAUUCUGAAACGUACAUACUUAGGGGUUUAAGCACGAUUUUACUUACAUUACAGGCUGUCAAGUAUAACUUGGGCUAGGACCCCAACGCUGAAACUAAGGUAAAACUAAAUUUUCUUCAAAGCUACAUUGAAAAUAAUAUAAGUUUUUUAAAUUGUUGUUUGUUUAACUGAACACUGAACGCCGCUUCAAAGACUAAAAACUUUGUAAAUUGUCAUCUGUCAAAUUAGUUUACCUCGCGCCAAGUUAUUCUUGCCAGAUUUGUAUAUUUAGGAGCGAAAUUUUAAGUAAAAUAUUUUUUACGUUUAUUUCUAUUAUUAAUAAAGUUUUAAAUAAUA